CGAGGUCCAGCAGCUUCACCUCACUCAUUCACGCCUCUCACUCUUCUCAGGUCUCUAUAUCGAUGGUGUCUCUCUCUCUUCUCUUUCCCAUCUCAGACUGAGUUCUCUCUCACACUCUCAUCCAUCUCAGAUCAGAUCGGUGUGCUGCUGCUCGUCUCUCCCUGUCGAUCAUCCAUAGAUCGAUUGUUUCAUGUCAUCUACAAUGGAUUCGGUAAAUGCUGCUAUUGGAAUGGAUGUUGUUUAAUUAUAUUGUUUACAGGUUUUCAGCAGCUAUGUUGUUAUUGGAAUGAAAAUGAACCGUAGAUAACGGAUUGGUCUUGGUUUUCUCCCAAUCCGGUCCAUGCUCACCCCUAUCUUAUCGUAUCUCAGAGACAGAGACUCAGAGAGAGAGAGAGAGAUAAAGCGAGAGAGAAACUAAGAGAGAGAGAGAGAGAGAGAGAGAGAAGCAAUGGCAGCAGGUGUGGCUGGUCUAGGGCUAUCGUGGUCUUCGAAACUCGCUCAGAGACCCAAUUCAACCCCCUCUCCAUCUUCAUCAUCGCGCUCUUCUGGCAGUUGUUCCAUCAAAAUGGCCGUCUCAGUCGACGAGCAAAAGAAGACUUUCACUCUCAAGAAAUCUGAACAAGCUUUCAACAUCGCCAAGGAAUUGAUGCCCGGAGGUGUAAAUUCUCCUGUACGUGCUUUCAAAUCAGUUGGCGGACAACCUAUUAUUAUGGAUUCUGUUAAGGGCUCUAAAAUGUGGGACAUAGAUGGCAAUGAGUAUAUCGAUUAUGUUGGUUCGUGGGGGCCAGCCAUCAUUGGUCACGCAGAUGAUGAGGUACUUGCAGCUUUGGCUGAAACAAUGAAGAAGGGAACAAGCUUUGGUGCUCCAUGUCUUCUAGAAAAUGAUCUGGCAGAGAUGGUCAUCUCAGCUGUUCCAAGUAUAGAAAUGGUCCGGUUUGUCAACUCGGGCACAGAAGCAUGCAUGGGUGUUAUCCGCUUGGCUCGUGCUUUCACUCGUCGUGAGAAGAUCAUCAAGUUUGAGGGUUGCUACCAUGGCCAUGCAGAUCCAUUUCUGGUAAAGGCAGGCAGUGGGGUUGCCACCCUAGGGCUCCCCGACUCGCCCGGUGUUCCCAAAGGAGCCACCUACGAAACCCUAACAUCCCCUUUCAAUGAUAUCUCAACUGUUAAAAAUCUAUUCGACGAGAACAAGGGAGAGAUCGCCGCGGUUAUACUUGAGCCCGUUGUUGGGAACUCAGGCUUCAUCGCUCCUAAACCUGGUUUCCUUGAGGAUCUCCAAAAACAAAUCACCAAAGAAAAUGGCGCUCUUCUGAUAUUUGAUGAAGUUAUGACCGGGUUUCGCUUGUCUUAUGGUGGAGCUCAGGAAUAUUUUGGAGUAACUCCCGAUUUAACCACUCUUGGGAAGAUCAUCGGUGGUGGCUUGCCGGUCGGUGCAUACGGAGGAAGGAGAGAGAUUAUGGAGAUGGUUGCACCAGCGGGACCCAUGUACCAAGCCGGGACUCUAAGUGGAAACCCAUUGGCAAUGGCUGCAGGAAUUCACACUCUUAAGCGGUUGAAAGAGCCAGGAAGUUAUGAGUACUUAAAUAAGAUCACAAGUGAGCUCGUCCAAGGCAUUGUUGAUGCUGGGAAGAAAGCCGGGCAUGCAUUUUGUGGCAGUUAUAUAAGCGGGAUGUUUGGGUUUUUCUUCACAGAAGGGCCAGUUUAUGACUUUGAGGAUGCGAAGAAGAGUGACACUGCAAAGUUUGCGAAGUUUUACAGAGGCAUGCUCGAGGAAGGCGUUUACUUUGCGCCUUCACAGUUUGAGGCCGGGUUUACUAGCUUAGCUCAUACCUCAGAGGAUAUCAAACGGACGAUAGAAGCGGCGGAAAAGGUUUUCCGGCAAGUUUAAAGCCAGUCUCCCCCACAUCAAGGUUUGUCUUUUUUUGUAGGCAAUUGGCACUUUUUUUUUCUUCUUCUUCUAGGUUUUUCAUUGAUUGAAAAAUUGUUUGUAAUUUAACUCGAAACAAUUUGAUAUUCAUUGUGGAAUGUAUCAUUUGCUAUUAAAAAAAUGUUGUAAUUUCAUCUAUAUUUUCCUUUUCCUUUA